UGGGGGCCUGCUGCGGGGGUUGGGGGCUCCGCGGCGCGGCGGAGGAAGCGGGUCCGGUGUGAAUUGCUGCUGCGAAGCGCGGCCUGUGGCGGGGCGCAGGGCGGGCAGCUGCUCCGCCGGAGAUCGCCGGCCGUGGGACCGUGUGCUGCCGCCUCUGCGGAGCCGCAGGAGUGCGAUUGGCGCCGUGGCGGGGCUGGUGCCUGAAUUAUUUUGGACAAAGUGACUCUUUAAUACAGUGAUCACAGUGGUAGCUGUUACUCUGUCGACUACCUGGCUGAGGUCCAAGGAAGGUCAGAUCCACUGGAACAUCAAGAAGGAAACAAGAACUCUGAAAUCAUGGCAGGGAAACCCAAGCUGCACUACACCAAGGGAAGGGGGAAGAUGGAGUCAAUCCGAUGGCUGUUAGCAGCUGCCGGGGUUGAGUUCGAGGAAGAAUUCAUAGAAAAGAAGGAAGACCUAGAAAAAUUACGCAAUGAUGGAUCCCUGAUGUUCCAGCAAGUGCCCAUGGUAGAGAUUGAUGGGAUGAAGAUGGUGCAGAGCAGAGCCAUCCUCAACUACAUAGCAGCAAAGUACAACCUCUACGGGAAGGAUCUGAAGGAGAGAGCCUGGAUUGAUAUGUAUGUGGAGGGAACAACAGACCUGAUGGGAAUGAUCAUGCAUCUCCCUUUUCAACCAGCUGACACAAAAGAAAAGAAUCUUGCCUUGAUCAUUGAACGAGCUACAACCAGGUACUUUCCUGUUUAUGAAAAGGCCUUAAAAGAUCAUGGGCAUGAUUAUCUUGUUGGCAACAAGUUAAGCUGGGCAGACAUCCAUCUGCUGGAAGCCAUUUUAAUGGUAGAAGAAUGUAAGCCUGAUGUACUGUCUGCAUUCCCUCUGCUACAGGCUUUUAAAGGAAGAACAAGCAACAUUCCAACAAUCAAAAAAUUCUUGCAGCCUGGCAGCCAGAGGAAGCCACCACCAGAUGAGAAGUCUGUUGCCAAUGUGAAGAAAAUAUUCAAUAUGUAAUCGCGUGGCUGCUGAAAUUAACACAACUGCAGUGUAUUAGCAGAGCUGUGCCUUGUUAAGUGUAAACUGCAUAGAUGUGCUCUGUAGCUUGCAUCAUGUGAUAAUCAUUGAAACAGGAUACACUUUUAAAUUGGAGUAGAAGACUGAUUUGGACCUGUUGAGUCCAGAAAGUGGUAUUUCAUGGAGCAGUUACACGAAAUAAAAUAUGCUGAUACUUUG